UUCCAGCCUAUUGUCCAAAACUUGAUGAAAUUCCCACCAACUUCGAAUCCAGAAACGACAGUCCACGCACUUUCAAUCUCAUAAUUCUCAACCGUUAAACCCAUGAACAGUACACCAAUCGGAGGAGCGAUACCUGAGCAAGCCGAAUCUGCAAAGUGGACUUCCUUUUGAAUUUUGAUCCUCAUCCGCAAACAUCUAUCCCCGCCCCCAUUCUGCAGAAUCCUGGAUAUCGCAAUUGGCUGCCUGCGCAUUCCGUGCCGUGCUUGCCGAAUCCUCUCCUUUCCGCGAGCAUAGAUUCUCGCUUUUCUCUAUUUCCUGCUCUCUAUGGUUUGCAAUUCGCGAUUCCGUUUCUGGUGAAUUUAUCCUGUUUUAUUACUUUACAGCUUUUCAGCAUUUCCUUUUGUUAUAAAUACCGACGAGCCGCAGAAGGUGAACUCACGCUGCGAUCGGGCUUUCUAUUGGAGCAUAGGGCACAGGACACUGUUCUCGUGCCUCGAUCACUCUGAAAUUGCGCUUGAUUGGAUAUGGGUUAUCAUACCAAUGGAUGGGAUAAUAACUCGCAACAGAAUGACCCCUUGGUUGUGAUACGCAAUGGACAAGAGAUCAUCUUACAGGCUUUCAAUUGGGAAUCUCACAAGCAUGAUUGGUGGAGGAACUUAGAGAGAAAAGUUCCUGAUAUUUCAAAAUCUGGAUUUACAAGUGCAUGGUUGCCUCCGGCUUCUCAUUCCUUUUCACCAGAAGGUUACCUUCCACAAAAUCUCUAUAAUCUCAAUUCUUCAUAUGGUUCUGAACACCUCUUAAAGGCUCUACUCAAUAAGAUGAAGCAGUACAAAGUUAGACCAAUGGCUGAUAUAGUCAUAAAUCAUCGUGUUGGGACUACUCAAGGGCAUGGUGGGAGGUAUAACCGAUAUGAUGGAAUUCCAUUGCCUUGGGAUGAGCAUGCUGUUACAUGUUGUAGUGGUGGACUGGGCAACAGAAGCACUGGAGACAAUUUUCAUGGUGUUCCAAAUAUCGAUCAUACUCAAGGCUUUGUUCGAAAGGACAUUAUUAACUGGUUACGAUGGCUAAGAUACAGUGUUGGGUUCCAAGAUUUUCGUUUUGAUUUUGCCAAAGGGUACUCCACGAAGUAUGUGAAGGAAUAUAUAGAGGGAGCAAAGCCAAUAUUUUCUAUUGGUGAAUAUUGGGAUACAUGCAAUUAUAGAGGCACCUAUUUGGAUUACAACCAAGAUAGUCACAGACAAAGGAUCAUUAACUGGAUUGAUGGAACUGGGCAACUUUCAGCUGCAUUUGAUUUCACAACUAAAGCAAUCCUACAGGAAGCUGUGAAAGGAGAAUUCUGGCGUCUGAGAGACGCUCAAGGGAAGCCUCCAGGAGUCAUGGGAUGGUGGCCUUCAAGGGCUGUCACUUUUAUUGAUAACCAUGACACGGGAUCCACUCAGGCUCACUGGCCUUUCCCUUCCAGUCAUAUUAUGGAGGGCUAUGCCUACAUACUAACUCAUCCAGGGAUGCCAGCAGUAUUUUACGAUCAUUUCUAUGACUGGGGAAAUUCACUUCAUGACCAAAUCGUUAGGCUGAUUGAUAUCCGGCGCAAUCAAGGCAUAAACAGCAGAUCAUCUAUAAGAAUUCUCGAGGCUCAGCCAAAUGUAUAUGCAGCAAUAAUUGGAGAAAAGAUUUGCAUGAAGAUCGGUGAUGGGUCGUGGUGCCCGGCUGGGGCAGAGUGGAGACUUGCAACUAGUGGCCACCGCUAUGCAAUCUGGCAGAAGUAACAAUCUCUUGGCGGUAAUGAGCACCCAUCUUGUGAAAGAUUGGGGGAAUUUGUCAUCAGGUAUAACUAUUAGUUAGAGAUCGAGGAGUUUACUUAUAAGAUUUCUUGAAUAAGACUUUCUAUUUCAGUUGUAACAAUGGCUGUAAUAUUUUGUUAUAAUUCUCUGUAAGACAAUAAAAUGGCCAUUCGAGAGUUGAGUAUUCAGUAAUUGGAAUGGAUCUUGAGUUUGCAAUGA